GAAGAGGUCAGAGGAACUCUCAGACACGAGCUUCAGAACUGAAAGCUAAGAGUAUACUUAUUUUCCUCUAGAUUAGACUUUAGUUUUUGUUUGCUGGUGAAAUAUUAAACUACAUUUAGCUUAAAUAUACAUAAGAACUGAACAGACAAGGGUAGAAAAGAACUGACAUUUCAUCAGAACUGCACAUCUUGUCCUUCAUUUGUGUGAAGGAUCUUCAGGUCAAGAUGUCCAAAAGGAAAACCUCUGAUCUAGACACUACGCGUAAAGGAGGAAGAGCGCCACCAGAAGUGUCUUUAGAUCAUGUAUUGAAGGAUUUGUUAGAAUAUUUUAAAGGUUUUAAGGGCUUACGGGAUGCUGAAAAUGAGAUAAAAAAGAAAUAUAACAUUGACAAGAACACUACAGUUUGGAAUGAGGAUGAUGUUAAAAAAGCGUGGGGGAAAACAAAACGGAUGGAUAAAUACUCAAGAAGAAGAAAAACCUGGUCUCUUGCGAUAAUCUUGCAAGCGAUGUAUGACAGAGCUGAUAAUAGCUUCGGGAAAAGGUAUUUUCCUGAGGACUACACCAAAGAUGAUGACAGUAUCAUGUUUUUGGAUGCGCCGCAAAAGAGGAAAAAAUUUGGGUCAAAUGUGAGAAUAAAUGUGGUGGCAAAUGCAGGGGCAGAAAGUCAACACUCAACUUGUGAAAAUAAAGAAAGCACAAAUGACAAUGAAGGAACAAAUAAUUACUACCUUAGAAGCUCUAAAGGCAAUGCAGACUCUCAAACAGGCUAUAUACGGAUCCCACUUUCAUUUAUGGAUGUAUCAAAUAGGACCAUUUGCCCUCAGACGCAACAAGCAGGGCAAAAAAUGUAUAAACUGAUCGAUGGAGUUCCCUCACUUACUCAAACCAUGAAGAAAACAUCUUAUGUUAUGCAAUAUGACAAUCGAACCAGGAAUGCCGCAUGGGUGUUUGAAAUACUGAACAAAAAAACUUUAGAAAGAGUGGCUGAACACUCUACAAACUUUUUUCAGGACAGCAUGAUUCAUGAAUAUUUUAGAGCAAUUAACAAUACAAGAUCUAAUGAAGAGUACAGGAAUGGACAAUACCACAGAGGUCAUCUGGCUGCUGCCGCCAACCACAAAUGGAGCCAGAAAGCAACUGAUGAUACAUUCCUUCUCAGCAACAGAGCACCUCAGAAAGGGGACUUAAACAAAAGUGGAUGGAAAAAUUUGGAAGAAAAGUGUCGAGAAUACACCACCACCUGUCGUAAUUUUUAUGUGUACAGUGGUCCACUUUACUGCCCUACAGAACGCAACGUGUCUAAAAUUACAUAUCGGAUCGUAGGAGAUAAAGCUGUGCCAAGUCAUUUCUUCAAGGUGAUAAUUCUGGAAAAAAAUGAUGGAACACUGGAUGUAGAAUGCUAUACAGUGGCCAAUGCCGAUAACCAACCAUAUAAGACACGUAAACUUUAUGAAAUUGAGAGAAUGUCUGGACUGGUGUUUAGUGAAAAGAGUCCGUCCGUGAGCAAUGAAGAAGAAAGAGUGACGGUGCGGUGGAAAGCAGAAGAAAAAACAAGUGAAAUGAACUCUGUAGAUACAACAUUUACAAUAACCCGUAGUCAGGAUUCAAAGGAACAGGUCUUCUAGGGUCUGGGGAGAGCACGUGUGAUGAAGAAACACCAGUGUUUAGAUUCAUUCGAUGUCUGCAUAACUCUCUUUAACCAAUUCAGCAGCAAGUAUUUCAAUGAAUCAAAGCACACCAUGUUUUCAAAUGUAUUACACCUUGAUUCUAAUGGGUUGUUUAGUAUAAUUUAUUAUACUUAUUCCUUUAGAUUCUGAUCACUAGAAAUAUUCCACAUGGUCAAUAAUGACAUGCACCAGUCAAAUGUUUCUUAAAGAUACCUCCUAUGAAGUCCAUCACACGGAACAACUGAAAACCUGCCUGUUCUGCCUUCACCUGAAUAUGACCCUGUGAGCAGUCUGACUUUGUUUAAAAAAAAGUAGGUGUGUUGUUCAUUUUUCUGUAAAGCUUUGACUCUGUUCCUACAUGUAAAUACAGCUUUGUGGACUAUAGCUUAUUGUUGACCUCUUAAACAAGAUGUUAAAUGCUCUCUCACUUGUAGGUUGCUUUGGAUAAUAUCAUCUGCAAAAUGAAUACAUGUAAUUUGUGAAAAUGUAUCUAGUCUUUUUCUAACAUAUGAUAUUGAUUAUGCCAUUUAUAUAACUGUUACUGUCAUAAUGUUGUAACCUGAUGAGAUGUUUCACGAGUGGACACAACAGACAGGCCAUCUGUUGAAGAAAACCGAGAAAGGUUGUUUGACUUUGUGUAGCCUGUGAUUGUUUUACUCGAUAUUCACCUGAUAUCUGAUAUUCAUUUAUUCUGCAUGUAUUCAAUUCAAUAUUGUAGUUCUCUAUAAAUCUUUGAGCGAUAUCAGUCUGUUUUAAUU